AUGUCUCAGACGAUCCUAGCCUCCGAGUCCGCGACGGCGCCUCGGACGGUCACGUUGCAUAACGGACAAGUCCUGACCUUCAACUCCAACAUCUCUACUGACGUAGAGAAAAUACCCGUCAUAGACGCUAGCAGAAUCUGGUGCGAACGCUUGGAGGACCGUCAAGCCAUCGCCGAGGAAAUACGAGAGGCUGCACAGACAAUUGGUUUCUUCUACCUCAUCAAUCAUGGCAUAGAUGAGAAAUAUUCUGAAGGCUGCUUUGAACAAGCGAAGCGCUUCUUCGCUCUCCCCGAGGAGAAGAAAAUGGAGGUUUGGACCGGGCAACUUCCAACCGAGUACGCGGGCUAUCACCCAAUGGCGGCGUACAACAGAAACGGAUGGAGGUAUCAUGAUCUCAAUGAAGCCUUCAACUGGCCGUACGAUCCCAAGCAAGACCCCGAAGUCAUGGAUGGCAGCCAGGAAGCCUCACCUAGUCUCUGGCCCUCGGGCUUAACAGGCUUCCGUGAAGGCCUAUAUGCUUACCAACUACAACUCCUUCGCCUAUCGCGGCAGCUUACUCGAAUAUUUGCCCUUGCUCUCCAUCUACCGGAAGACUACUUCGACGAGUACAUCAAACGGCCGGAGGCAGGAAUGCGAAUCCUGCAUUACCCGGAGCAAGAAAAUCGUAUCGACGACCAAAACGGCAUCGGCGCUCAUACAGAUGUUGAGUGCUUCACCAUCGUGAACCAGGACUCAGCUGGUGGUCUCGAGGUGCUAAGCAAGUCCGGUAACUGGGUGAGGGCUGACCCAGUCCCCGGCACCUUCGUGGUCAACAUUGCAGACUGCUUCAUGAGACAGACCAACGACUUUUUUGUCUCCACUGUCCACCGUGUGAUUAACAAGAGCGGCAAGGAGAGGUACUCGGCGGCUUUCUUCUUUGGUUUUGACAAGAACAAGCCGCUUGAGCCAGUGCCGACUUGUGUCAGCGGGGAGAAUCCUAUGAAGUAUCCAGUUAUGACUGGAGGUGAAUACAGUCGAUUCAGGGUAUCGAAGGUCAAGGGCUCGUACUAG